UCCACCUUGUUGCCAAUAAUUGAUUGUCUCAAUACUCUUCAGAAGAAGAAAAGCAAAGAAGUAAUUCUCAGGAAAGAAAUACUUGCUGGCUCUGCAAUUAGUGAGAUUUGCUUCUCUCUUAAAAUUUGAGACCAAAAUCCCUGCAUAAGAGAUGGAGAUGGUCUCCACUUGCAGCAUCGAUCGGGUCUUACUUGAUCUAGAGUUGCUCCUGAACAGCUUCCGAAGCCGGGAUGAUCCUUACCAUGAUCGGGUCUUACUUGAUCGUGUUCGUGAUGCAAUCAAACGCAUGAAAUUUCUCAAAACAUUUGUUAUCUGUGCAAGAAAGUGGAGCCACUGCAAUGAUUUGUACUUGGAAUCUGAUAAUGUAGUGAAGAAGGUGAGUCUUCCAUCUUUCUUAUCUUGCAUUGAAGAUACCGUUCACUCUCUUUUCCUUGUGUUGAAAUCUGAUGCACGUGACGUACGUUAUGUUGGCAAUGAAGUGUUCCCCAAAUUGUUGAAACAAAUCAAAUCAUUUAAGCAAGAAAUCAUCCAAGUUUACUUCACUUUGGCGAGCAGCAGAUCAUUGGAAUCAAAUUCUUGCAUGCCAGCUGAUGAACUAAUAGAAUUUAUCGACCUUAUUCUACAAAAUCUAGCGGAUUUAACAACUAGCGAUUUGUGUAUUUUUGAUAUGGAUCCCCAAGUUAUUGCUCAAUUCCAAGCCCUUGAAGAAAAGCUAACAUUCUUGAAAAGCUUCAUACCCUUUGCCAAAUUGCGAGGAACUGCAGAUAUUCCUGCUUUGCUAUUGGCUCACUUUGAAGUGAUGGCUUUGAACGCAGCACGCCUCUCUUACAUGUGUUCUUUUUGGGAUGAUGAGGAACGGCACAAUCCUGAGUUCUGCUCCAUGAUAUAUGAGCAACAACAGAAAAUCACAGCUGUUGAUUUUCAAGUCUUUGGGAUUCACAUGGAAGUUCUUAGAGCUACAAGGUCCUCAAAAUCAUUGCAUGAUAGAAUGAUGGAUAAGCAGAUAUUGAACAACUUCAAUGAUUCUCUGAUAAGUUGUCUCUGGGAGCUGUUAUGCUGCAGCUCUAGCUUUGUGGAUUCUAUGAAAGAUGAAAUGCGAAUACUCUAUGCAGGACUGAGGUUUUUGAGAAGCAUUUUAAGGGAGCUGCAGGAGAAGAUGGAUGAGCAAAACGAAAAAAUUGGUGCUCUUCUUAGUGAGGCAGGCAUUAUAAUUUGCUCGCCCUCUCUAAACGGAGUGAAGGAAGGAGAAGUUAGAUUCUCAGAAUCCACAGAGGCCCUUGACUGUUAUGAUAUGCUGGCUAAUACCAACAUCCAUAUCAAGCAUUUUAAGGAUCAGAUCAGUGGCUCAAGCAUUAUUGAAAGUCUUCCUUCCUUUCAUAGCUUAAGAGCGCCAGAAGUUAGCAAGACUUCCAGCCACAUGCUAUCAAAAGGUAAAAUGCCAAUAGCCCAUGAAGUCAUGGUUGGUCUUGAUGAUGAGGCAGGAGAAGUAAUUGAACGACUUAUAUGGGGACCAGAACAUGUGGAAAUUGUUCCCAUUGUGGGAAUGGCUGGGCUUGGUAAGACAACUUUAGCCCAAAAAGUUUACAAUGAUAGUUCAGUAAUCUGUAACUUCCACAUUCGUCUUUGGUGUACUGUUUCUCAAGCCUAUAACAUGAAAAAUGUGUUACUUCAAAUUUUGUGCUCUGAAGGCAAACAUUCCAGGAUGGAUGAUGAGUUUCAAAAUCUGGAUGAACAUGCGCUGCUUGAAAAGCUCUACAAAAAGCUAAAGGAGAAUCGGUAUCUUGUUGUUUUUGAUGAUGUCUGGGACAUUAAGGUAUGGAAUGAGCUGAGAAUUUCAUUCCCGGAUGACAAGAAAGGAAGUAAAAUCAUCUUCACGAGCCGAUUUUCUAAUGUGGCUUCACAGGUUGAAUAUGGGGGGAAACCUCACUAUCUUCGCCCGCUCGGUGAGAAAGAAAGUUUUGAAUUACUGCAGAAGAAGGUUUUUGGAAAAGAAGAUUGUCCUCAAGCAUUGCAUGGGUUGGGAAUGGAGAUUGCCGAAAAGUGCAGGGGAUUGCCACUUGCACUCGUUGUUGUAGCUGGGGUCCUAGCAACUAUAGAGCAUGAUAUUUGGGUUUGGGAAAAAUUUGCUAAAAGUUUAACUUUAACCAUGGUGUCUGGUACAGACCAGUGCAAGAAGUCGUUGGAGCUCAGUUAUGAGCAUUUACCAUAUCACUUGAAGGCAUGCCUGCUGUAUUUUGCUGCAUUUCGAGAAGAUGAAAAAAUUAGUGCGGAGAAUUUGAUGCGUCUCUGGAUUGCAGAAGGGUUUGUGGAAAAAAUUGAAGGAAAGAGAUCAGAGGGCAUUGCAGAAGAAUAUCUGAUGGACCUUAUUGGUCGAAACUUAGUUAUGGUAAGUAAAAGCAGAUCCAUUGGUGGAGUCAAAACUUGUUACAUUCACGAUUUGAUAUUUGAGUUCUGUAAGGGCGAGGCGAAAGAAAAGAAUUUUCUUCAGGUUUUGCGAGGAUAUGAUGAGCUUUCUACCUUUAAUGAGCCUCCCAACCUACCUCGGUUGUCCAUUUGCUCCAGUGGAGAAGAUUUUAGGAAGUCAAAGCUAUUUUGCCCAUAUUUAGGUACUCUAUUCGUUGAUGGUACUCCAGGAUAUAAUGAGUUUCAGUUCCAUAACAUCUCCUUCCUUUUUUACAUCUACAAACAUCUUAAAGUUCUGAAGUUAGAGGGCAUUAACCUAAGGCUGAAAGAGCUUCCAACUGAAGUCGAAUCACUUCUUUGUUUAAGGUACUUAGCCCUUGAAGCAGAGCGCAUGAAAUUCAUUCCACCAUCUAUAGCCAAGCUCUCACAUUUGGAAACCUUCUGUCUGGAUUCUACAGCGGUUGUUUCAUUGCCAGAUAGCAUCUGGAACAUGAAGAAGUUGAUGCAUGUACAUGUAAGACCCGUUUUUGAUAUUCGUCUGUCUUCCAACGACAAUGUUGUUGAAAACCUCUCUACUUUACCCAAUUUAGACACACUCUCUACUCUGUUUCUUUAUCGUGACAUUGAGAACAUAUUGAGAAGGAUUCUCAACGUUCGCCGACUUAAAAUUUUAUAUGUGCGGCAACAAAAUAGAGUAUGCUGCAACAUGAGUCGACUAGUAUGCCUAGAAUCACUCACCUUAGAUGGCCACGGCUCCUUUGAUUCGCUGGAAUAUGUGGAGCUUUCUUUUCCCAUGAAUUUGAAGAAGUUGUGUCUUUUCAAUCUGGGUCUUCCCUGUAGAAAAAUGUCAUUGAUUGAACAACUACCCAAUCUUGAAGUCCUCAAAUUAAGACAGUGGUCAAUGGAGGGCCAAAAAUGGGAGCUGAUGGAAGGAGGAUUCCCUAAACUCAAGGUCUUGACAUUAGAAGAUGUAAAGGUUAUGGAGUGGGCACAGACAGACCCUGACAGUGAUGAUUACUUCCCGUGCCUUCAGCAAUUAAAUCUCUACGGAAUUUCUAAUUUGGAAAUGGUGCCUGCUUGUUUAGGCCGUAUAUCAACUCUUGAAACAAUUAGAGUGCUACGUUGUGUAGAUGGUGUCAAAUCUUUGGCACGGGAAAUUGAAGAAGCACAAAAAAAUUAUGGAAAUGAGAAUCUGAAGAUCAUCAUCAUAGAUUGAAGGGCAUCAGCUGGUUCAAUAUCUGGGAGUGCUUCGGUUGGUUUUUCCUCUUGAGAUUGUAAUUGGUCAUCUGCGUGGUCUGGCUUUCUUUGGUGCUUUUGUGGAAAAUUGAGGUAAAAGUUGAAAGGAUCGAUGGCUCUUUUCUUGUCAAAAUAUGGUGGAAACAAUCAAUGAGAUUAUUCUGAUAUUUUGCUGUU